AGCAGUCUGUCUACAGUUGUAUUUUACAUUCCUGACCUGUAACGAUUGCUUUCCAGUUUUCCUUUCUUUGGUCAUGAUGUGACCUGUGUUUGACUUCAGGUGUUUAAUUUUGUUUUCUGGAGUAGAGUUUCCUUGGACCUCUUCUGUGCUCUUGUUUGUAUUUUGCUUCCUCUAUCCAGCUUUGUUCUCUGCUAUAUACACAUGAAAGUAUCAUAUGUAAUGUGUAAUUUCCCCCCAUGAAUCCUCAAUUUUCUUCAUUCAUUUCUUUUAUGUGCAGAACUCUCUGAAGUUGUUGGCUUGUUGACUUGAUGCUGUUUUUAAGUCUGAAUAGGAAACACAUUAAUUGCUUUGCAAUUAUGUUUGUUUUGCUGUGCAGGUUUAAGUCUAUCACAUUUAAAACUGGAAAAUUCAGGUGAUCUUUCAAAUUGUGUAUUUUCUCUCUUUUAUAAAUAUUUCUGUGGAUUCUAUCAGGGGUUCUUUAGAAAUUACACCAUUUAUUCUAGAUCUGGGAUUUUUCUCACGCGUAAAUUGCUUGUGUGUCCUUUCUGUUUUCAAAUAACAGGAUCUAUAUCUUACUCUAGCAGUGAGGAAAACAAAGAGUUACAGUGAUGGCGACUUUUCCUCCCCACCUCUUUGAUUGCAGAUCAGCUGGCUCCAGCUUUCAGCAGUAUGGCAAAGGUGAAAUGAGAGAAGCCUGGUGUGCGAGGCGGUGAGCAGUACGCUAUUACUGGUUUAUGUUUAAGGAAUGAGGUUCAUCUAGGAUUUUUGUUAUUACAUUUCUCAGAAGGCAUUUCUCAAGGCAUCAUGACACAGGCUUUUCCCUCCGGACGGGUUUCUGUGUACAGCAUACCAGCUCCAUACCACCCUGAGCAGGCUGAUGGGCAGGAAAAUCUGUAUAUUCACUACUGCACAUCCUACCAAAAGGGUUUGUGUCAGAAGUACUAUUUCUUCAAAUGGAUGAGACCGUGUUUCUGGAGAAGAUGGCUUCUAGGAAUAUUAUCUCUACUUUUUUUAUCAGUUGCAGUAAUUGUGCUAGUCCUGCAGUAUUCGUUCUCUCCAGCUUUCUCUUUAAUAUAUUUUGGUGGAAGUGUAGAAAUUCCUAAUCUGACUUACACAAAUGAUCUCAAUGAUCCCAGCUCACAGGAAUUCCUCCUGCAAGCAGAGGCAAUCCAAAAUUAUCUCGCAGAAUCCUAUGAGUGUUCCACCUUGGGAAAGUAUUAUUUGAAGUCCAUAGUGGCUGCUUUCAGUGAAGGAGAGCAUGGACUUCGAGCUUACUACUGGAAUACAUUCUGGGCACCACAGGAUAUUACUGGCUCUCUUAAAAAGUUAAUCCCGUUGGAACAAAAAGAAAUGAGUAGUAAACAAAUACCUCACAUAUUCAGUACUUCUGGGGAAGGAGAUUUUGAUCUUGUUACAAUGGAGCUUUUUGUUUCAGAUUCUACAGAAUACGAUGUGAUGCUAAAAUCAGCAGUAUCCUUCGACCUGUAUGCAAAGCCAGGUAACAACAGAACUCUAACUCUGCUGAAUCCCAAGAAGUCUUUUUAUCAAUGGAGGUUGCGAGUUCCUUCUAACUGUGUAGUGAGACUGGUAGUUACCUCUUUGCAUGUUGUCACUUCAGAGAACUGUGCAUCUCACCGUUUGUCUGCAUAUGAUUUCCUUCUUCCUCUGCAGAACAAGAUCAUUACAAGGUGGUGCGGCUCUGGAGCCUGGACUCCUCCAGUUAUACGUUUAACUUCUUCAAGUAAUGUCAUGUUACUUACCUUCUCACUGGACCACAGAGAAGAAAGGAAUAUACUAAAAGCUCACUUUCAAGCAAUCCCUAAAAUCAUGUGUGGUGGUCAUUAUAUUUCCUGGAAUGGAAGUCUGAGUUCCCCUUACUACCCAAGUUACUACCCACCAAACAUUGACUGCAGCUGGAUCAUCCGAGCACCCUUGCCUGCCUACAAGCUCUCAUUAAAAAUCCUUGCAAUACAAAUUCAAGAGAAGUCUCCAGGGUCCAGUAAAUGUGAUAAAGACUGGUUAGAAAUUGAUGGAGUUAGAUACUGUAAAGAUAUUUCAGAAAAUGGCAGAAACAGAGAAUAUGGCUAUUCUGUUGCUAUCAACUUCCAUUCCGAUGAACUAGUCACCCAUAGAGGAUUUUAUAUUGAAUACAGAGCCUUCAGUCACGCAGACAGUUGUACUCCAGAGCGCUUGAACUGUGGCGAUGGAAAAUGUAAGCAUCAGUAUAAAACCUGUGAAAGUGAUGAUAGCUGCAGUGAGGACAGCAAUGAAAAUAACUGUUCCUACAAAAGUUGCUUCCCUUAUACUUACAAAUGUCUUAAUGGAAAAUGCUUGCUGAAACCAAAUCCUGAGUGUGAUGGGAAAAGAGACUGCACAGAUGGAUCUGAUGAAAUGAACUGUGCCUGUGGAAGACACCAGUUUAAGAAAAACAGGAUUGUUGGAGGUGAAGAUGCACAAUCUGGAAAAUGGCCUUGGCAAGCAAGUUUACAAAUAGGAGCACAUGGCCAUAUCUGUGGUGCAUCUGUUAUUUCCAAGAGGUGGCUUGUAUCUGCUGCCCAUUGCUUUCUGGAUUCUGAUUCCAUAAGAUACUCUGCUCCAUCAAGGUGGAGAGCAUAUAUGGGCUUACGCACUGUUAAUGAAAAGAGCAAUCAUGUAGCUAUGAGAUCGAUCAGAAGGAUUAUUGUCCACCCACAGUAUGACCAAUCUAUCUCAGAUUAUGACAUAGCUCUGUUGGAACUGGAGACACCUGUAUUCUUCAGCGAGCUGGUACAGCCCAUUUGUUUACCAAGCAGCUCUAGAGUAUUUCUUUAUGGAACUGUCUGCUAUGUAACUGGCUGGGGAGCCAAACAAGAAAAUAGUCAUCUUGCCAGAACACUGCAGGAAGCUAGAGUGAGAAUAAUUAAUCAAAGCAUUUGCAGCAAGCUGUAUGAUGAUCUCAUUACAUCACGCAUGCUCUGUGCUGGGAAUCUUAACGGUGGCAUUGAUGCAUGCCAGGGAGAUUCUGGAGGUCCCUUGGCCUGCACAGGAAAUGGAGAUAGAUGGUACCUUGCUGGCAUUGUGAGCUGGGGUGAAGGAUGUGCCCGGCGCAAUCGUCCUGGUGUAUACACCAAGGUGACAGCACUUUAUGACUGGAUUCGUCAGAAUACAAACUGAUGUGCCAAGGAGAAAAUGCAGGUCAUCUCCAUUACAAAAGCUGCUUCCUAUGUUAUCAUGUAUGUGAAAAUGCUGCUGUUUCACUGUGGAAGAAAGCACUAUCUUAAUGCAGAAAUGAUUAUUUGUCAUUCACCUAGUGGUAACUGUUUGGAUUCAGACCAGCUUCAAAUAACUUCAGGUUCCUUAUGGAUUCAUAUGUCUUAUUCCCUACAGAAUACAGAAACAGGGUUCCCUUACAAAUUAAAUUUGUAUCUGGGAGAAAAA